AUGGUGCAUGAAUCAAGUGUGCCUCAGCGGCUAGUGUAUGGGCACACUCUUGUGGUAGCUAACAAGUUGGACAAAGCUGCUGCCAUUCUUGCUGAACUGAAGCAGCCCGUUGUCAUUGCAAAAGUGGAUGCUGAUAAAUACAGUCGUGUUGCUUCAAAACAUGAAAUUGAUGGAUUUCCAACUUUGAAGAUAUUCAUGCAUGGAGUUCCAACAGAUUAUUAUGGACCAAGAAAGGCAGAUUUACUUGUGCGAUUUUUGAAAAAGUUUGUCGCUCCUGAUGUGGCCGCACUCAAUUCUGACUCAGCUAUUAGUGAAUUUAUUGAAGAAGCUGGCAAAAGUUUUCCUAUAUUCAUAGGCUUUGGCUUGAACGAGUCUGCCAUAUCACGUUUGGCAGUGAAAUACAAGAAAAAAGCAUGGUUUUCUGUGGCAAAAGAUUUCUCAGAUAAAACAAUGGAAUUCUAUGAUUUUGACAAAGUACCUGCACUGGUAACCCUUCAUCCGAGCUACAACGAACAGAGCAUCUUCUAUGGCCCCUUUGAAGAAAAGUUCCUUGAAGAUUAUAUAAAACAGAGCUUGCUCCCUCUGGCUUUGCCUAUUAAUCAAGAUACUUUGAAGUUGUUGAAAGACGACGAGAGGAAAAUUGUUCUAACAAUUGUAGAAGAUGAGAAUGAUGAGAGGUCAAAAGGAUUAGUAAAACUCCUGAAAGCUGCUGCAUCUGCGAACCGUGACUUGGUGUUUGCUUUUGUUGGGUUCAAGCAAUGGCAAGACUUUGCUGAGUCAUUUGAAGUAUCUAAGAAAAUGAAACUACCAAAGAUGAUUGUGUGGGAUGGAAACGAGGAGUACUUUUCAGUCAUUGGCUCAGACAGUGUUGAAGAGGAAGAUGAGGGUUCUCAAAUUACGCAGUUUCUUCAAGGAUACAAGGAAGGAAGUGUUAUUCAGAAACGUAUCACUUCAGAUUCUUAUAAGGCUUUGAGAAACUCAAUGAUUGGGAUCGGAGCAGUUAUUCUUGUUCUCGUUGUGCUACUGGUGGUUACGGUCAUGCAGUCUCUUAAAGAGGAGCCGUCAAGAGACCAGGUAGAUCAUCCAAGUAGCUCCGCCGCAUCUCCAUCAGAAGCCAGAGAAGCACUUCGUUCUGGAGACAAAGAAGACAAGAUAGACUAAAGUUUUCACUUAUCUGACCCAAAAAGUUGCUUGAGAAAUCUUUGAGCAAUGCAGUCACUGAGAGGUUCGAAUUUCGCCCUCCAUGCUGGUAGCCAGUAAACGAGCAACUGCUUGUAGGGUUUUCUGCAUCCACUGAUAGGAAAUGAAUACUCAGUGUAAGGAUUUGUUGACUCUAACGGUUCUGACAAAUUUUAUUUCGUGCUGUUGUGUAUGAGUUCAAGACCAAAAACGAAAAUGCUGCGAGUUUUGUUCCGCAGCUUGUCCCCCUGUUAUAAAUAAGAAUAUUUAUUUAGAAGCUAUUGUAGGUCAGGCUAGAUUUAAUGUAGCCAUAAGGUUGAUACAGAGGAUGAGAUCUAUGCUACAACCCAGACAAAUCUGAUACUAAAAUUUACUUUU